CCGGUUUCGGGUCUGGCCGCACGCUGCUCGGCCGUACACAGCCGGCGUCCCGGGGAGAGGAGCGGGGAAGGAAGAACGCGCACGCCACGAGCAAGGUCCUCACGACGCGGUCAGUCAGUCGGCGAACGACCGCCGAACCAGCAGGCCGCCGCAGAAGAUCCCUCCCACGAGGGAGUCCGCGUAACGAUCCCUUCUUUCGCGUUCCACGUCAGGACGCGAGACACGUCGGCACGGUUCGGCCGCACGCUCGUGGAUCCCGGACAGGGUCGCGCCUCCGGAUCGGUUGAAGGCCCGCGCCCGCCGUCGUGCCCAGCACGCGCGCCGAGAGGACAGCGACAUCGACGUUUGUCAGGUCGCUGGCUCCUUCUCGAAGGGAGUGACCGUUCUCUUCGUUGACGCUUCCUUUCGUGGACUGUCUUUGACGCCUGUGACCAGCCGCACUCACGUUUUAAGGGAAAGGCAGCUCUGAGAGAGAUCGUCGCUCCGGGACCCCAAGAAAGGAGCCUUGCCGCCAGAGGGCGCACACAGACCGACUACUUCAGGGGGCAUUCGCCCGGCAUCGUGACAUCCAGGCAGGAUCGAGAAAGAGGAGGGAGCCACAGAAACAGCUUCGGGUGGAGGCGACACGAGAGUUGAUCGCCAACGCAUAUCUAUACCCCCUCCAAGCCAGCGAGCUAGCAGUUCAAGCAGCCGCGGCAAACGCAUAUCGAACAGGGAAGCUCGAAGCUCGGUACGCCCGUAACCCCGAUCGCGACCGCGCUCCAGCGACUCACCACCGGGAAAUUCCGAAGAGGGCGCAAGGAUUGGAGAGAGGGUUAGCGAGACGCGAACGCACACACACACACACACGCUCUCGGCGACGACCAUAAGAGACGGGCAGGUGCUCCGGCCUCGAAAGAAGGCUUCUACGGCAGCAAUCACACGCAAGAGCGGAGCGUAAGACAAACGUGACGUGUUCGACGUGUGUGCCUGUGUCUUCUUGCUGUUCCUUACGACCGGGGGCUCCUCCGUCGAACUGCGUUCGACAAGAAACUUCUACUACUCUUGCUGGAGGAGUAGUAGUACCACAGUCGGCCCCCGCCACCACGUGCCUGCUUGCCUGCCUACCCUGACCGUCGAGUAGCGAGAGAAACGCCGCGCGAGUGCCGGCGAGCGCUCACCGCAUCGGGACCAUCUCCUUUCGGACGCUUUUUUUUUUCUAGCUUCCCCGACGGGCUGCUGCUUCUUCCUCCUCAUCCGCACUCGCACGCUCCGGCCUCCGGGAGAAGGUCAAGAGAACCACCUGGCCGAAGAAGAGUGUGCCGCGCGGUGCGAAAACGUAAGCGCGAAAGCGGUUCGUCGUGGGGCCGCACCUCUUGUCGGUUUCUUUUGUUAUUUUCUCCCGGCGUGCUUCGACUCGGCCUUCUUGUGGCGGCAGCGCGCGGUGUUUGUUGGAGUGAGCAGGAUCUCCCGAUUGACUUGCUCGCCGUAGCGUGACACGUUGCCAGUGUGUUGUGUGUGUUGGCUGUGGGUGUUCUUGAGCCAGUUUUUACCAGCUGGCAAACCUCUCUCGACAAGAGUGUCAUCUGGAGGCUUUCUUCACUGAGGUCGUCUGUCCCGUCCUCUGCUUCGUUUCGACUUUGGAAGGAGAAUGGCAGCACGGGACUUCGUCGGCAGUUGCUGAAGUGCUGAAGGGGCCACAUUCUCGGGGGAUCGAAGAAGGCAGGCACCGCGAGUGAGAGCAGUCGAAGACGAAAAAAAUCACAACGAGGAUGACCAACAGAGCGAAUCGCAUCAAGGUCGCCGUCCUCGGCGGGCCCAGGUCCGGAAAGUCUGCUGUCACGGUGCGAUACCUCACAAAGCGGUACAUAGGAGAAUACAGCUCAAGCAAAGACAUGCUGUACCGGCACAACGUGACAUUUGACAACGUGGCGACAGACGUCGAAAUACUGGACUCGUCGUGUUGCAUGGUGACGGGCUGCCUGUACGACCACAUCACGUGGGCCGACGCGUUCGUGCUCGUGUACAGCAUCUGCGAGCGGUCCAGCUUCGACCACGCGCGAGCACUUCUCGAGACCCUUGUGGCUGUGCGCGGGGCUCGCUCGGCGCCCAUGAUUCUCCUGGGCAACAAGCGGGACCUGGAGCACUGUCGCCAAGUCGGAGUCGACGACGGCCACGAGGCGUCGCUACAUUUCCACUGCCAGUUCUAUGAGGUGUCGGCGGCCGAGAACUACGUGGGCGUAUCGCUCGCCUUCCAGAGCUUGAUCCGCGAGACGAGAGCGUUGCAGGCACUCAGGACGCUGCCAAUACGCCGCAAGGCGGGAGCCGCCAUGACAGUGUCCAAGAUGAUCGGCAUCGUAUUCGGCAAGUCCCACAAGUCCAACCGAAACGGAAAGAAGAGGCCUUCAUUGUCCAUUUGAGACUCUGCAGAACCGGUGGCGAUCCCUUCGGCUCUGGAUUAUUCAGUUGUGCUUCCUUCCGUUGGCGUGCCGAAAGGCUCGCUGCAGGUGCGUUUGUGAUGUGCUGUGAACGGUGGAACUACCUGGAGGCAGACUCAUUUGACAAACCGCGCAGAUGUGGAAGAGCAGUGAACUGUGCUGCGGACUUCGAGAUUGCUGGACAAGCAAUUCCUUUGUGAUGUGCGUGCUAUAAAAAGUGUUCAGCAAAGAAAGCCCCGGUGACGUUCUGUUAGCCACGACAUUUAUGAAACUGCACAGAGCCGCGUGGACGUGACUGGUGUGUAUAUAAAUCAGGGGAGCCCGAGGGGUGUCUGAGAAUCGUGGCACUUUGUGAUCAGACCAUGACUGAGAAGUGAUCGUUGCUGGAAUGCUGCCAAAACGUUGCUGACUUGGGUGUACCAUGCUUCGGCUGGCUGUGUUUGUGCGCGCUUUCGCCAUGAUCAACGCUCGGUGUUCUGCGCCUACCACCAACAUUGUAGGGACAGGGUACCAGCAGCUCGAGCAGUGCCUUCAAGACUCGUGGGUGGGCUUGAGGACUCGGGUAAAUUGGAACUUCUUUGGUGGAGAGACACGCACACCCAUUGUGAAAGUGAGCGGAUGAGUGUUCUGGUGAGCUGUGUGUGAUUUGUGUGUUGUGAUGUGUAGUGUUCACCAUGCAAAAUAGCAUGACGAAUGACCCUGUUCAUGUUCCACGUGUAGUGGCUAUGUUUGCGUCGUCCUCUGGUAUGUUUUGCGUCAUAAUGAGAGUUUGUGAGGUGAGGUGUCCUGCGUUUUGGCUACGGUGAACUGUGGCGAAUCGAGAAGACAUGGUAGACGAGACAGCCAUUCUGUGACUCGCAAGUGCAGCAGUGAAAGUGAAGCACUGGUAACGAACUCUUUUAAAUGAUUAACCGUUUUUUAUAAAACGGGAUCCACUGCAAAGCACCUGACAAAAAAUUGGCGCAUUACCAACGUGAAAACGUUUAACAUAUCUGUCCCGUUAUUCAUGGCAUAGCCAGUGGGAUAAGUUCGGGAAAAUGGGGCAAAAUCUCUCAUGGUCUCGCAACUGCAUUCUAAUGCUUCCGGUUUCCUCCAUAAGGCUUGUCCUGGGGGACGUCUAUCGAACUGGUGACGCAUUUUGCUUUCUUGUACUGCUACAGUGAAUUGUGUUUGCAAGGCUACACAGCAGAGUGAUUGCAGAUUGUGAUAUUGUGAUAUUGCUAUACGAGAAUGCUGGUGGUACAGCUGAUGCCAACAGAAGUCGGUUCGACAGUUUGAAACAGUGAAAGAGAAGUGGAAUAUUUGAUGUUCUUCCAUGAAGAUGUUUACCACCAGUUUAAGGCAGGUACGCAAGAGGGGAAAAGCAGUUGCAACUUAGCGUGCGCUAUCUGAAGCUUUGCAAGUUACUGAAACCGAUCACGGAGCGUCCUUACGCUGCUUUCAGUUUCGAAUCCCCGGUGAGUGGAACUUCCAAAAUAAAUCGGGAAGGCGCAGCCACAAACUCAUUACCCUCGUCAUUGCUUGCAAUCAAUAACCAUUACAUUCAUUCCUUGGUUAAUUAAUUUUAAUAUUCGAAGUGAAGCUUAGUUAACAGCGCUUCGCUUCGGCACAAAUUCAGUAUCAUAAAUUAAAAACAAAUCCAAGAUUCAACAGAAGGAAUGAACUAGAGAUAUCUUUCACUUCACGCACCUGUCUUAAUUGCGCAUCAUCACCAACGAGCCGAACGAGCAAGUCUUGAACUCUGUUUCUGCCCGACCAUACCAACAAGCCAUGCAACAUUAGCAGGCCUUGCCUAAAGUCUGAGGACGCGUGUUUACAUCUAAUGAUGCGUUCAUAACAAUGGAGCCGCACUAGAGCACGAACCGUGGCGUUUCCACAAACUCAGUUGUAACUCAAAGUACUGCCUCGUGUUUCAGCGUUAACAAAUACAUUACAACUGACCGAUUAGAGAGAUUCAUCGCUUUUGAAACUGCAUUUAGGCCGCCACGCCUAUUGCGCAGCUUCCAGUGCUGUUCGCAUUUUACCUGAUUGUUGAUUGAUUGACAUUGAAACAUGUGAUCUCAAAUAAGCAUCGAUGUUUGACUGCCGGGAUGGUAUCGUGCUCACUGAUGAAUGCUAUUCACCGUAAGUUUUAUUUGCACAUAUGUUUUUACAUGAGGACAUAGAGAGCUAACGUGUAUGUCUGCAGAAUAGCCGAGACGGGAUUAUGAAGCAUCAGUGCCAAAAUGACGUGUUCUCCGCUGUGAAUAGAUUUCGAGAAUAUACAGACUACAUUUCAUUUUUGUUUCACAGGGUUGUUUUGCCACGUGACAGGCAUGUUGUGAAUGCCAUUCUGUCUUGUCAGAUCUAUGCAAUGUAAUGUCUAGUGUGUAUAUCUCGCGUGCUUUUCUCGAGAUUGUGUUGACUUCAAAGAUGCAUGUGUAUUUAUGAAGACGAAGCCUUCACAGUAGGCGCUUUAUAAUAAAAUGUGACGAGAGCA